AGGGUGUGGCACUGCGCGUGGGACCCCACCGGGAAGACUCUCGCGACCUGCAGCAGCGACAAGACCUGCAGGAUCUGGGCCAAGAGCGCCGCCGCGGGAAACACGUGGGUGACGGUGGCGGAGCUGGAGGGUGUGCACAGCAGGACGGUGCGGCAGGCCGCGUGGUCGCCUUGCGGACGACUCCUCGCCACCGCCUCCUUCGACGCCAGCACCGCCGUCUGGGCGCAGAGCGGGUCCGGGGGCACAACCGGCGAGUGGGAGUGCGUCGCCGUGGUGGAGGGUCACGAGAACGAGGUCAAGUCGUGCGCGUGGUCCCCGUCCGGUUCGCUCCUCGCCACGUGCGGCCGCGACAAGAGCGUGUGGAUCUGGGAGGUCCAGCCCGGCCACGACUUCGAGUGCGUCGCCGUGCUCAACGGCCACACCCAAGACGUCAAGCAGGUGGCGUGGCACCCAGCGGAGGAUGCGCUCGUCUCGGUGUCGUACGACGACUCAAUCAAGGUGUGGACCGAGGACCCGGGUGGGGACGACUGGUCCUGCGCGCAGACGCUGACGAAGGAGGAGGGCGGGCACGCGAGCACGGUGUGGUGCGCGUCGUUCGAGCCGGAACCGAGUAGACACGUUCGGGGGCCGGGGGGGACCGACUCGAGGCGGUUGGCCACGUGCUCGGACGAUCGGACCAUCGCGAUUUGGCGCGUCGACGACUCGCGCGGUUUGCGGCUUGAGAUUGACGCCAAGUUUCCGUGCGGCCACGACCGACCGGCGCUGUCGGUGUCGUGGGGUAAGUGCGGGCUCAUAGCGGAGGGGGGCGGGGACGACAGCGUCAGGCUCUUCGCGCCGCCCCGGGAUGCGGGAAGGGGAGGCGCGGGGGACGAGGUGAACUGCGUGGCGUGGCACCCGACGGAUCCGCGUUGUCUCGCGACGGCGUCGGACGACGGGACGGUGAGGAUAUGGUCCGUG